CAUACAGAUACUUACAUAUGAGCUAAAAUGACAAUAAAGUGUUUUAACUAUGUUAUUGCGAUCUUCUGCUGGGAUGCCUGGAGGGAACUCGAGAAAUCCUUAUGACAAAAAUAAUCCUGAAAAUGGCGGAUUAUGAUCCAUACGACGAUGACGGAUAUCUUGAACCCUUGAAUAGCCGAUAUGCAGUUAUACGAGAUAUUGAAUUUUAUCGGACCGAUGAGAAACAUUCACAUUCACAUGCGCAAAGUGAGGAAGUGAAGAAAACACGUAUGACAAAUCGAAAAUAUAAUAUACUGAAGAGAGCCAAGUCUCGCAGAUUAAUUAUUGUCAUUGUAUCAUCUGCUGUUAUCUUAUUCGCAGUUGCAGCAGUUGUUACAGUUGUAUAUAUGGUCAUGAAAGGCUGUCUGUAUACCACAAAUAUAAAGCAUGUAACCAACUUAAUUGACAUAAGAAGGGGAGUUACUACAGCUGAAUAUGUAUACGAUACUGAAGGAUCCACUAGAGAGACUAAAAUUAGAAAGAGCGCUGUAACUGCACAUACAAUUGAUGAUUCUGCAAUGAAUACUGAAACCAAACACCGGGAAACAAAACCAUUUAUGUGCAAAGAUUUUCCAUAUGUGUUGCCAAUCUUGUGCAAGUAUAAUCGAACAAACAUUAACUGAACUUGACGAAUCAUAUUUAAAAAAUAAAGAUUGACUUUUGGUACAUCGGUUGACAUUUUUAUCUACUUUAAUUUGUCUAAAAGCUACAGUAAAGGCAUAGUGAAAAAAUAUAUGUGUUUGAUGUAAAUUUCUUAAUGCA